AUGGCAAGCACUGGGAUUUCUCACAUAGGAACGGUGAAAUCCAAACUAACCGUUCAAACCAUGGGUAUGCUUCUUCGGAAGUACCAUAUCGAUCCCAAGUUCCACCCUCGCUUACCGGAGGCCAACGAUGCCAUUACUGACACUCCAGAAGGCUUCGUUCUUUGCUUUACCCUGCUGUGCGUUGCCCUAGAUGUGUCGCCGUCUAUUACCCUGUUUCAUUACUUCUACCUUCCUAUGUCCAAUGGAGAUUGGGUUUCCUUCUCUCUUCGCCAUGGUUUGAUGGAGCUAUGCGAUGUCCUCCCCACCUCUAUCAAAUACUGGAAGGAAGAGUUCUUCUUUGUUCAUGCCUCUUCUUUUUCCGACCCUAUGGCGUAUGGUGCAACCGCUGACAGGGUUGCCGACCUCGUCCCUGAACUCUCGCCUGAUGAAUUGUUGAUAACAGAGAGGUUAGCGAGCAACUUUGUUCGAUGGGCAGUUCCUGAUGAAGCGGUGUUGGGUAUGGCAGGCAUGAGUCCUCAUUAG